GUAAACACCUCGACUUAGAACUGUAGUGCGCGAGACGCGUUCGAUUCUUGACAGAAGAGUGAAGUAAAGUGAUCACCAUGAAGCAGAAGGAUAUCAGACCAGCGCCCUCCCUCAUCGAGUACAAGGGCAUGCGAUUCCUCAUCACAGAUCGCCCCUCCGAUGUCACCAUCCAGGCCUAUCUGCAGGAGCUUCGCAAGCACAACGUGUGCACUGUGGUGCGCGUAUGCGAGCCCAGUUAUAACACCGCUCCGCUGAAGGCAGAAGGUAUCGAGGUGCGCGACUUGGCGUAUGACGACGGCACUUUCCCGCCCGCUAACGUCGUAGAAGAAUGGUUCGAAAUACUGCGCGAAAAGGCUCAAAAUAAGCCAGAGUCAGCGGUGGCCGUUCAUUGCGUGGCAGGACUGGGCCGGGCGCCCGUCAUGGUCGCCAUUGCCCUCAUCGAACUCGGCAUGAAAUACGAGGAGGCCGUCGAGACCAUCAGGGAUCAACGCCGAGGGGCUAUCAACGCCAAACAGCUCUCUUACCUGGAGAAGUAUCGACCAAAGUCGCGUCUCAAGAAGAACGGGCACAAGAACGGUUGCUGCGUUCAGUAGGCGAUUAGGCUGCGAGCGGCGCGCGACACGCCUCUAGGAAACCGUCCUGCGCCCUUAACAGCGAAUCUAGCUCUGCUUUCACACACACACUAACACAAGGGAGCAUAGACAACAUUCAAUUAGUACCUUUUUUUUAUAUAUAACGUAGAAUGUCGCCUCUUUUUGACGACCACCAUUUUGUUUCAAUAACUUUUGUUACUUUCAAUGAGGUCGAGAAGUUGUAACCGAAUUCUCGAUUCGGAAACUUCCAGCUCGGAUAUAGAUAUCACACAUUCCCGUUUAGUUUUCCACUGAACUGAUUAGAAUUUGGUUAUGACCUUGGUACCUCUAUUACUGUCUUCGACAUGUUUAUCUCGAGUUUUUCUAUGAAAUUUAAUGCUAACGUUUGUAUGUUUCGAGUAAAGAUAUAUAACCCUCGUGCUGUACGGUGUAUUAGUGGUAAUAAUUAAUAGAAACGAGCCACGAUUUGUGUUCAUAGUUGAAACAGUUACUCGGGUAUUUUACAUAUUUUUUAAAUCAUAAUAAAUUCAAUAUCCAUAAUAAAUGCAAUGCAGUCGAUAAUUAUGCUCUUGAAUAUAUAUAUAAUUUUUAUUUCAAUUAUUUAAUUUCGUGUGGUGAAAUCAUGAAUAUAAUUUUGGUAAUUGAUUUCCAUAUAGCUAUAUUAAUUUUUAUUAUUGUUAUAAUUUGCGACGCAAUUUCACACUCGUGUAUAAUUUUCUUAGGGAAAUUAAUUGUUUGGACAAAGUUUUGAAUAAUAUUGCUUUUGUGAAAGAUAUUAAUUGUUGUGUAAACGCCAACGAUUGUUUAGUAUAAAAAUGUUACAGCUUGUGACUUAUUAUCAGACGAAACUCUCGUAAUGGAUAAACCUCAACACGACACAUUGACAUAAUGUUCCAAUGAAAAAAUAGCUCUUUGAUAUUAUUUUUCUAUUUCUAAUUUUAUGAAGAUUAUCGAAGUGUAAUGAUCGUGUAUCUAAGGAACAGUCACAUUCAUAAAUAAAAAAUAUUUAUAAGC